CUCUCGCUCAGUCUCGGGACUCACUGCGGAAUCUGGAAGCGAAGAUGCGGGCGGUCGGGGCUGUGGGAGUCGGUGUACUGUGGGCGCUGCUGGUGGCUCUGGUGCGCGGCGGCGUGUCGGAACUGGAGACGCGGGUGCAGGAGCCGCUCAGGGCCGAGUCCACUCUGCUGAAGCCGAAGGUUAUGAUCGCCAUUGUAGCUCGUAACGCGGCGCACAGCCUGCCACAUUACCUGGGCUGCAUCGAGAAGCUGGAGUACCCAAAGGAGCGCAUAGCGAUCUGGGCAGCAACAGACCAUAAUAUUGACAACACCACUGCCAUGCUGAGAGAGUGGCUGAAGAGAGCCCAGAACGUCUACCACUAUGUGGAGUGGAGACCCAUGGAGGAGCCAAAAUCCUACACAGAUGAGUGGGGUCCGAAGCACUGGCCUCCUUCAAGGUUCAACCAUGUGAUGAAGCUGAGACAGGCAGCGCUGAAGGCUGCCAGGGAACGAUGGGCUGACUACAUACUAUUUGUAGACAGUGACAACCUGCUGACCAACCCACGUGUGCUGAAUCUGCUGAUGGCUGAAAACAUGACCCUGGUGGCUCCCAUGUUAGAGUCUCGCUCGCUCUACUCCAACUUCUGGUGUGGCAUUACCCCACAGGGUUACUAUAAGCGAACCCCAGACUACCAGCCGAUCCGGGAGUGGAAGCGGCUCGGCUGUUUCCCUGUUCCCAUGGUGCACAGCACCUUCUUAUUAGACCUGCGUCGUGAAUCCAGCAGGGACCUGGCCUUCCACCCUCCUCACCCGGACUACAGCUGGGCAUUUGAUGACAUCAUGGUGUUUGCGUUCUCGGCACGCCAAGCAGGUGUGCAGAUGUAUGUGUGCAACAGAGAACACUACGGUUUCCUGCCCGUCCCUCUCAAAGCACAGCAGAAUGUAGAAGAUGAAAGGGAGAGUUUCAUACACACCAUCACGGAGGCUUUGAUUGACCACGACAUUGAGCCCUCUGAGCACCUGUACUCUUCGCCAUCACCACAGGACACGAUAGGCUUUGAUAAAGUUUUCCUGAUCAACCUGAAGCGUCGGCUGGACAGGAGAACCAGGAUGUUGAAAACAAUGGCUUCGCUGGGUCUACAUGCCACGCUGACAGACGCUGUGGACGGAAAGGCUCUCAAUUCGUCCCAGCUGCAGGCGCUGGGAAUAGAGAUGAUGCCGCACUACAAGGACCCUUACUCUGGCCGAGUCCUGACCCGAGGGGAGAUUGGUUGCUUCCUCAGCCAUCACUCUAUAUGGAUGCAGGUGUUAGAGUAUGGCCUCCAGAGUGUCCUUGUUUUAGAGGACGACGUGAGGUUUGAGCCCAGGUUUAAAAGACGGCUCCAGGCCAUAAUGGAUGACGUAGACAAAGCCCAGCUGGACUGGGACCUCAUCUACGUGGGGCGCAAGCGUAUGCAGGUGCAGCAGCCGGAGCAGUCCGUGGAUGGCGUAAACAACCUGGUUGAGGCCGACUACUCCUACUGGACACUCGGCUAUGCGCUGUCACAGCAAGGAGCCAGGAAGCUACUGGCUGCCAAACCCUUCACAAGGAUGCUGCCUGUUGACGAGUUCCUGCCCAUCAUGUUCAACAAACACCCUAACACUGAGUACAUGUCUCACUUUGAGCCGCGGGACCUGAAGGCCUUUUCCGUGGAGCCGCUGCUCAUCUAUCCCACGCACUACACAGGAGAGCCGGGCUACAUCAGUGACACGGAGACCUCCACCAUCUGGGACGACGAGGCCGUGGCCACGGACUGGGACCGGCAGCACGCCCGCAAGACAGCCCAACAAGGCAACAUCCGCCCUGUGGCACAGAACAGCGUCACUGGAGACUCACCGCCUCCUGCAGCUCGAGCCUCACGGGACGAACUCUGAUACAGAGACCUGAGACCGGGAGAGAAAGACUUGUGUUUACUACGUCGUGUACACACAGUGAAUGUCAUGUGUACACACACUUGAAAAGACACUUGAACUACAAGCGGACAUACUGUACAUUGAUUCACACAAACACACAGGUUUGUUCCUCUAUCCUCGUGGGGACAUCUCAUUGACAUAAUGCAUUCCCUAGCCCCUACCCUAACCUUACACACACACACACACACACACACACACACACACACACACAGGUGUCCUAAUGGAGAAAAGCAGAGUUAAGUUGUCAGUCAAAACUGCUGCCUGAUGAAGGGACACUAAGAAGAGGAUAAAGAGCCGAAUCUGGGACGAGGGCCAGUGGGCCUUUGACAAAAGCUUUAUUUAUUCCCCAUGUGCCUCCUCUGGACAUGUGGAGACGGCCACGGCCUGAUAAAACUUAAGCAACACAUGGAAGACAGCUAACAUUAUUUGCAGGAUGUGGGAGAAAAAAAUUAUUCCCACAAAUCAAUUUUGUUUUGUUGUUUAAGAAGAUGAUUGUUAUUUAAAAAGAACAGAUGUUUUUUUUUUUUAAUGGACAGGCGAGGAAUAAAGGAAUCUUAAAGCUGUCUGAAAACAAUUCUUAAAUGUGCGUGUGAAACUGUGUGUGUGUUUGUGUGUGCGUGUGUGUGUGUGUAUCCACGUGGACAUAUGCAUGUGUCGCAAUACUGAACAUAUGUAGGAGAAAGGAGGCUGGCAUAAUGUACCCAAGAGUGUCACUGCUUCAGAUGAUGUCAGGCACACACACACACACACACACACACACACACACACACACACACACACACACAGAGUACAGCCCUUCAGCAUGGCAGUAAUGGAUGUGAUUAAGCUCAGUGUUUUUAUCAUUGCAGAUAUCUCACUUGCACAGCGGGCUGGUCCUGCUAGUUAGCGUUUCAGCGCAUCGGUCAUACAUCACACAAAGCCUGUAGGAUGUAUAAUAUGCAAUUCUGUCCACGUUAGAGCGCUGCUUUCAGAAUUGACAUGUGCUAAAU